AUGAAGAUUAUUGCUGUUUUAUUGGGAAUCGUGUUUUCUAGAGAUUUUACUGAAGCUGAUAUUGUUCAUAUUUACAAGAGAGUCCUCCCAUACGCCGACGCCUUCAGAUGUUUCACCUGUGAAAACGCAGUGGACAACUACGAAUGCAACAAUCACGCUCCUGACAUCUUUUGUCCAGCAGAGACGGAGUUCUGCUUUACCGAACAUGUCUUUUCGGGAGAAACAGAUUCGAUUAGAGUCCGCAAGAGCUGCAUGACACGAAACAAGUGCCACCAGGAGCAGCUAGGAUGCCACACUGAUCCCAUCACUGGACUCACUACCUGCAAAGAAUGCUGCGAGGGGGAAAUCUGCAAUCUCGCUGUGCCGAAAUCGAAUGAGCGAUUCGAAGAAAUGCUGAUUGAAAUCGGCUUCAAUUCUGCAAGAAAUUUUUUUUCCACAAUUGUGGUUUUUAUCACUGCCUUAUUUUUAUUGUAA